AUGGAUGGAACCAAUAGAGGAGAAGCGGAACGGUGGCUCUACACAGCCAACAAGCUUCUCAGCGCGCGUGACUUACACGGCGCACGCUCAUUCGCUAUCCGGGCACGUGAAUCCGACCCGAGAUUCGAAGCUACCGAACUUCUCUUAGCGGUUAUUGAUACUCUCUUAGCCGGUGAAGUUCAGAUCAAAGAACAUCUUGAUUACUACGCCAUUCUUCAAAUUCUUCGUUACACUCAGAACAUUGAGUACAUAGCCGUUCAGUACCGACGUCUCGCCGUUCUGCUCGACCCUCACCGGAAUCCCUUCGCUUUUGCUGCUCAUGCUUUUUCUCUUGUUCAUGAUGCUUGGUCCAUUUUCUCAAAUCCGCAUAAGAAAGCUUUAUACGAUGAACAGCUUCAUUUUCUUACUCAACCACCAGCGCCGCAACCACCACCACCAUCGCAACAUAUUCAACCGCCACAGCCUCCACCGCAACAUAUUCAACCGCCGCCACCACCACAGCCGAAGCCGCAACCACAACCUAUUCAACCUCCUCCUCCAGCUCAGGUCAAUCAGAAUCAUGGCCUUCAACUGAGGAACAACCUCAGGUCUUCCAAUGAAGCUAACGUAGUUGCCGAGGGACAUAACAAUGGGCCGAGGCAGAGUCGGCGCAAUGUCGACGAGCGGACUAGGACGAGUCAGAGCAAUGUCGACAAGCCGACGGAGCCUAAGCCCGCUGAGACAGAAGCUGGAAGCUUCUGGACUGCGUGUCCUUACUGUUAUGCAAUGUUUGAGUAUCCUAAUGUUUAUCAGGAGUGUACACUCCGGUGUCAGAAUUGUAGGAAGGGGUUUCAUGCGGUAGUGGUACGGUCACCGCCGGAGUUGAGUGAAGAUGGUAGUUUGUUCUGUAGCUUUGGGUAUAUUCCUUUAGGGUUUAGUGGAAAUUUUAGGGAUAUUAGUGGGUCAUCUUCGGAAUGGAACCCUAUUUCUACUUUGUUUCCUUGCUCUAUGAAAGGUAGUUCUUCCAAGAGGGGUUUACAAAGAGGGCCCUUUGUUUAUCAUGAUCAUGAUACAUCUGCUGCUUUCGCGGUGCUUUCUGAUGUAAGUGAAGAUGAUACCGAUGAUGAUGAUGAUGAUUGGUGGAGAGGGGAUGAUAGCGAAGGGUCAGAGAAUGUGGUUAUGACAGGGGAUGAUAGCGAAGGGACAGAGAAUGUGGUUAUGACGAGGAGUAGGAGUAAAAAAAGGACCAUUGGAGGUGGUGGUGGUGAUGAUGGUGAUGGUGCUGGAAGGGGACCUGUUGAUACUGGGAGGCCCAAGAGGGGGGUUCAGAAUGGUAAUGCUGGCGAUGGUGGUGGUGGUGACGAUGUGGAUGGUGGUGAGGCGGCUGACCCUGCUUCUGCGCCUGCCGUUGAAGCUAGUAAGAAAGCUGCCUUGGGUGGUUCGAGGAGGAGGGGUGCAGCCAAUUUAGGUAAAUUGGAUCUGAAUGUGGAGUUUAGCAAUGAGGUGGAAGAAGCUGCUGCUGCUACUGGAGCAAAAGAACGGAAUGUGAAUGGGACUGGAAAUCCUGAGGAUAAUAUUGAAGGGAUUGGGUUUUUUGAAGGGCUUGAUGAGUUCCUUAGUAGCUUACCAAUUCUAAAUGUUGUUGGAGAUGAAAAGGUUAAGGGUCAUUAG